AUGAUCAAGAAGGACAAGGCAGGAGACGGGAGUCUGCAGCCGCAGCAGCUGCCUCCUCGUCGCCGCGCGCCGUCCAACUACCAGACGGUCGUCGACGUCGCGUCUCAGCGCGGCGGCCCGUUCAGCAUGACCAAACCGUCGUCCUUGUCGUCCCGAACCGACGUGUUUGCGCUCUUGCAGGCGAAGUUCGGCUUCCAAGACGGCAACGUGUGCAACCAGAAGGAGCACUUUGAAGUGUGGCUGCUCAACUACGAGUCGCGGAUCCUCGAAGCGCCCGUGACGACGCAAGACACGGCCCAAGCCAUUGCCGCGAUCCACACCAAGUUUUUCAAAAACUACGUCAAGUGGUGCCAGUUUCUCCGCACGCAGCCGUUCCAACUGGACACGGCCGCGUACCCGGACGCAGCGGAGCGCCAGGUCGCCCUUUUUCUGCUCAUUUGGGGCGAGAGCGCCAAUUUGCGCUUCAUGCCCGAGUGUCUGUGCUUUUUGUAUCACAAGAUGGCCGCCAAGCUCGACGGGCUCGAGCACAUGCCGACGGUGGCCGAAGGCACGUUUCUGUGCCGCAUUGUGCGCCCGCUGUACGCAGUCGUGGCCAAGAUGCGCCACGUGACGCGGAAGAAAAAUGGCGCGGCUGUGGACCACCAGAACGUGACGAAUUACGACGACGUGAAUGAGUUUUUCUGGACGGAAACGUGUCUGCUUUUCGACGAGUUUUCUGCUGCGGAAGCUGUGAACCGACAGGACUUUAAGACGUUCAAGGAACGACGGAGUUUCUGUAACCCGAUGCUGGCAUUCUUUCGCAUAUACUUUUUCUUGGCGGUGAUGCUGCACGUGCUCGUGGUCAUUGCAUACGUCGCGUACCGCUCGGAUCCCGACGAAACGACGGGGUUUCAGUUUUACGCCAGUUUUUUCACGCCGGAUAUUGAUGAUAUUCGCCAUCACGCGUUUUACUCGAUCUUGGUCACGGUCAGUGGCAUGUUGGUGUUUAAGGUCGUGCUGGACGUGUGGCUGGACAACACGCGCAUCUUUAGUAGCUUGUUGUACGCCGUGUCGGUGUUUGUCCGACUUGUGUGGCACACGGUGUUCUUCGGUCUCUUUAUUGCUGUGAACGCUGCGCCGUAUGAGACGCUUGUGGGCUCGAGCGACUUGCUCACAACGGCGCCCGUGUUUGUCGUGGUGUACAUGGCGCCAAUUCUGGUGGUGUCCAUCGUGCAAAUGUUCUUUCGGCGAGUGAUUUGGAAAUCGACGAUCCUCAACUCGCUCGAUGGAACACACGAGCAAUACAUUGGUCGCGAGAUGGGCCAAAGCUGGGGAGAUUUUCUCGGUUAUGGGACAUUUUGGACGGUCAUUUUUGUCUGCAAGUUUUUGUUCAAUUUGCAGCUCAUGGUCAAGCCUCUGAUUGGACCCAGCGUCGAAAUCUACAACGUCGAUAUUUCUACAACGCAGCUUGAGAAUGGUCUCAUUGAGUCGAACCACAAUAUUGCGUUCCUCGCCGCCAUGUGGGCACCAGUGGUUCUCGUGUACAUGUAUGAUUCGCAGAUCUGGUUGGCGAUUGCACAGGCUAUCGUAGGUGCAUGGAUUGGGUUCCGUCUCAAAAUUGGCCACUCGGCUCGCAUUAAUGAGUUUGUCAAGCGUCUGCAUCAGGCACCAGCCCUUUUUGAUGCCAAAGUGGUGUCUGCUGCGGCUCGCGGCCAGCUUGCGAUCAACAACAAUCCACUUUCAUCUAGCUCUGUUGCUCCUGAUGCAAAUAGCCGCUUGCGCUUUGCCGUGGUGUGGAACGAGAUUGUGAGCAGUUUUCGUUUGUCCGAUUUGCUGGAUGACCGUGAGACUGCUAUUUUGCAAUACCAAAUCUCGGACACUGGCGCCGUCGAAGAACCUGUCUUCUUGAUUGCUGGCGAGGCACAAGCAGCUGCCGAUAUUGCCGCAAAGGCUAAAACUAAGCGCAUGAGCGAUGCCCAAUUGUUCUCCGAAUUGAAGCGGGCUGGUGUACUUGGCUGCGCCAACAAUUGUAUCGACGUCUUAUUCCAGAUCUUGCGACAGCUUAUGGGUCCCCAGGACUCAGAAUUGAUCGGUGUGCUUCGUCAGAUUUUGGCUGGAGGUAAGGUAAGCGGUGUCGUGGACCUCACUCACGUUGGCUUGGUGCGCGAGAAUGUUGUCGAUCUGCUUUCGAGUAUCUUGGACCUACCAGAGCCGACUGUGAUACCUACCGGUAGCACUCUUGACCUUCCGCACGAGCAGGUUUUGGUCAUUGUGCAGCGUCUUGAUGCUUUGCUGAAGAGUAUCGAACUUAUGCUGGAGGAGGAGUGGAUGGCGGAGAAGCUGCGUAAAUCAGCUUUUGCUCAGAUGACGCCUGACCUUGCCUAUCAAAAAGAACAGCUGGUAUCGAUAUUUGCAGACCGCAUUAGUCAACGCGAUUCUAGCUCACAAACGCGCACGACCUCACCGGGUUCUAACGAGAGCGUGGUGUCGCUCUCUACACGACUGUUUUUCUUGCUGACAUUGGAUGCCGCGGAUGCACUUCCUCGCUGUCAUGAAGCUCAGCGUCGAAUGAGUUUCUUCCUCAACUCUUUGCACAUGAAGAUCCCGACAAUUGACUCGAUUGCGGCAAUGAAGUCAUUUUCUGUGGUCACGCCGUACUACAACGAAACGGUGCUUUUUUCAGUUGACGAGCUUAACGAGCGUGUGGACUCGAAUCCGCUUUUUCGCAAGGUGGAACAAAAGGGCCGUGAUCUUAGUAUUUUGAAGUACCUGAUCACUUUUCACGACGACGAAUGGGGCAACUUCCUUGAGCGCGUGGGCGUAACGUCCAUGGACGAGGCUCUAGCUGAGACGCCAACACAGGUUCGUCUUUGGGCAUCGAUGCGUGGACAAACGCUAGCACGCACGGUGCAUGGCAUGAUGAUGUACGAAGAUGCGCUGAAGAUGUUGAGGUGGCUGGAAAUCGGGUCAGACGAGAACAUCUCCCAUCUGGAAAAGAUCAAGCACAUGGAUCGCAUUGCAGGUCUCAAAUUUUCGUAUGUGACGAGCUGCCAGAUUUACGCUGAUCAGCUUGCGGCAGGAGAUUCGCGUGCAGCAGAUAUUGACUUGUUGAUGCGCAAGUAUCCUAAUUGGCGGGUAAGCUACGUCGAUACGAUCCGAGAACCCACAGGGAGUGGUUUAGAACCUCGGUUUGACUGCGUACUGGUGAAGUCGGAUGGUGAUGAAAUCGUCGAAGUGUAUCGUUAUGAGCUGCCUGGCAAUCCGAUGGUCGGUGAGGGUAAGCCGGAGAAUCAGAACAUAGCUCUUCCUUUUACUCGUGGUGAGUAUGUGCAAACGAUUGACAUGAAUCAGGAGCACUACUUUGAGGAAGCACUCAAGAUCCCAAACUUUUUAGCGACUGCUACUGCGAACGGACAGGACGUUACCAUUAUUGGAAUGAAGGAACAUAUUUUCACCGGUCGAGCGUCGUCAUUGGCACGUUUCAUGACGUUGCAAGAGCUGGUCUUCGUGAGUCUGACGCAGCGCGUACUGGCUAACCCUCUUCAGAGUCGUAUGCACUACGGCCACCCGGAUGUGUUUGAGAAGUCGUUUAUCAUGUCCAAUGGUGGUGUGUCGAAGGCCAGCAGGGGUAUCAACUUGUCCGAAGAUGUGUUUGCAGGCUAUAAUGUGGCUUUGCGGGGCGAGAAAGUUACGCACGAGGAAUUUAUGCAGUGCGGCAAGGGUCGUGACGUGACAUUGAGUCAAAUCAAUGCCUUCGAGGCAAAAUUGUCGAACGGUAGCGCCGAAAGCUCGCUUAGUCGCGAGUCGCACCGAAUGGGCGCUGGUAUGGAUUUUUUCCGCUUGAACUCCAUGUUCUACGGUCAUAUGGGGUUCUAUAUUUGCAAUGCAAUGGUGGUGCUAUGUGUGUUCGCAUACGCCUACAGCAAAGUUUACAUUGUGCUGCAUCAAGAAAUUGAAGAGUCUGCCAUUAUCACGACAAAUUAUCUGGAUGAUUUGGCCGAGGUAAUGAAUACGCAGUUCAUUUUCCAGUUUGGUAUGCUGAUGACCAUUCCUUUGAUUGCUACUCUCUUUGUCGAGUACGGGUGGCAUCAGGCCGUUGUGAACUUCGUGGAGCUGGUUGUGACUCUUGGUCCGGUGUUCUAUAUCUUCGAGACGGGCACGAAGUCGCACUUCUACGACAUUGCCAUUAUGCGUGGUGGCUCGAAAUACCGUGGUACGGGUCGUGGCUUUGCCAUCGUUCGUGAAACGAUGGUAAACUUUUACAAGGAGUAUGCUGCGUCGCACUACCGCAAGGCUGUGGAACUGGUGGGCCUGAUGAUUAUCUUUGGCGUAUUCGGUAAUUUCAACAUCGGCACGAAUGUGCUGACUGAGUACUGUGCUACUGCAGACUUUGACUGUGACGUAAACCCGGACCAGAUUCCGUCGAACAUCACGCUUCUGAACUCGUACAGCUCGAAGGGACAGGACUACGGCAUCGCUUCUUUUGCUGUAUGGUUGCUCGGCACGUGCUGGCUGCUUGCGCCGUUUUUGUUCAACACCGAUGGCUUGGAUUUCUCGAAAACCCAGGUGGAUAUCACCUACUGGCUCUCGUGGCUGAUGUCAGUAAAGGAGGAAAGCGAUGACGAACGAGUGCUACUGAACAAUAUAAGUGACAAUCAGUUGGGCUCGACAGACACAUGGAACGAUUUUUACGACUACGAGGCUAAUCUCAUGUACCCGGUUGGUCCAAUGAGUCGCUUUGUCUACGCUAUUCGCGAACUCCGCCAUCCGCUAGUGAUGUACUACGUGUUCAUCUACUCGUUUAAGCUCAGCGACAUCGGUCUGUUGCUGGCGUGUGUCGGUGCUAUUGCCUUGUUCUUGUGGAUUGGUGGUUUCUGCAUUGGGAUGUGUAUGCGCAACAAGGCUCGCGUUCCGCGGGCCAUGGUGUAUGUGUUGAUGGUGGUGCUGAUUGCUGUGUCGCCGUUUAUCGUGGGCUCUACGCAAGACUGGGACGGUAUCCAAUCUUUUUCAGUGACGGUGUCCGUGUUCGCUGGACUUUUCUCGCUUCUGCACUACUUGCAACUGAUGCACGGGUUCUUUGGCCUACCUGUUGCUAAUUGGGGUCUUGUCCGUGAGCUCGCGUUUUUCUUCGAUGUGGUUGUCGGUCUGUUCCUGGCAUUUCCGCUUUUGGUUCUGUCGGCCUUCCCGUUCAUGAAGACUAUUCAGACUCGAAUGAUGUACAACGGUGGCUUCUCACGCGCAUUGGGCUCCGGUAGUGAGUUCGCUGCCUCAUUGAGUGUGAUUGUGGGUGGCCUGGGCGGCUUUACGUACGGCUGGUUGACGUGCCUUAUCUUUUCGCUGGGUUACGUAAACUCGUCAUCUGACAACUUCGUAAAUCAGUCAUUUGCUUACUACAACAAUGAGACGUUAGAUCGCGCAUUGGAUUUAGCUGCGAUCAAGGUGUACGCUGCUGGUGCAGGUGUAGCCGGAGUUAUUCUGAGUGGCGGUCUCGCUCAUGUCAUCGGCCGUCGGUGGACGAUCGAGGUCUCAUGCGUAGUAGUUUUGGUCGGUUGUGCGCUUGUUUGGCUGGAGUCGAGCUCGAUAGCGCUAAUUGGUAUCUGCUUGGCAUCAGCCGGCAUUGCGAUGCUUUCGCUCGUCUGUCCGCUGUACAACUUCGAAAUUUGCAUGCAAGGUUGGAAGGGAAAAGGUGUGCUGAUUUUCCUCACGCGUGUGCAGCGCUGGGCUAUUUGA